AAAACUCACAGAAACACAUCCCAAACUAUUUUCUCUCUAAAAACCCAUCAUCUUCACAACCACACCGAGUGUGCGUCUCUCUGUGUGUGUGGAAGGGUCAAUUCAAUUACACCGUUUUUUCCCCCUUCCUCCUCCUCUUUCAGAUUCAAUACUAGGGUUACGGUUCUUCUCUCACAAUGGCAGUUUCAACCACUUUCUCCGCUCCCAAAUUCGACUCUCUUUUCCUCAAAUCAUCUCCAUCUUCUUCUUCUUCUUCAAGGUCAUCAUCACCGUCCACUCAAUCUCAUUUUUCACUUCUAACGAAAUCCAGAACCACCUUCAUUCAAAAAGGAAUCAUUCGUUGUGAUGCUCAAAAUUCUGUUCAGAAUAAUGGCAGCAGCAGUAGCUCCCUCUCUCCUCUUGAGCUCCUCAAAACUUCCUCAGCUGAUAGAUAUACAAAGGAAAGGAGCAGCAUUGUUGUCAUUGGGCUCAGUGUGCACACUGCUCCGGUGGAGAUGCGUGAAAAACUUGCCAUACCGGAAGCAGAAUGGCCUAGAGCUAUUGCAGAGCUGUGCAGUCUCAAUCAUAUUGAAGAAGCAGCGGUUCUGAGUACCUGUAACCGAAUGGAGAUAUAUGUUGUUGCUCUAUCCCAACACCGUGGUGUCAAAGAGGUCAUGGAAUGGAUGUCAAAGACAAGUUCUGUUCCUGUUUCAGAGCUUUGUGAGCACCGGUUUUUACUUUACAACAAAGAUGCCACACAACAUAUUUUUCAAGUAUCAGCAGGUCUUGAGUCUCUUGUAUUGGGAGAAGGUCAAAUCCUUGCUCAGGUUAAGCAAGUUGUCAAAGUUGGACAAGGAGUUAAUGGAUUUGGAAGAAAUAUUAGCGGUCUAUUCAAGCAUGCAAUAACUGUUGGAAAACGGGUUAGAGCCGAGACUAACAUUGCUGCUGGGGCAGUUUCUGUGAGCUCAGCCGCUGUUGAGUUGGCCUAUAUGAAGCUACCUGGAGCCUCUCAUGGUAGUGCCAGAAUGCUUGUAAUCGGUGCUGGGAAGAUGGGAAAGCUAGUAAUCAAACAUUUGGCUUCAAAAGGUUGCUCAAGGGUGGUUGUUGUCAAUAGAACUGAGGAAAGAGUUGCUGCAAUACGGGAAGAUCUGAAGGAUAUUGAAAUUAUUUACAAACCUCUUUCAGAAAUGCUCUCCUGUGCUGGUGAAGCAGAUGUAGUAUUCACCAGUACAGCAUCAGAAACCCCAUUAUUCGUGAAAGACGACGUCAAGGACCUUCCUCCAACAAAUCAAAAUGUUGGAGGUCAUCGCCUUUUCAUUGACAUUUCUGUUCCUCGGAAUGUUGGUUCAUGUGUCUCGGAGAUUGAAUCUGCGCGAGUUUACAAUGUUGACGACCUUAAAGAGGUUGUGGCUGCAAACAAAGAGGAUCGGCUAAGAAAAGCAAGGGAAGCACAGGUGAUCAUUAAUGAAGAGUUAAACCAAUUUGAAGCUUGGAGGGACUCACUGGAAACUGUUCCUACCAUUAAAAAAUUGAGGGCCUAUGCUGAAAGGAUCAGGGCUGCGGAGCUUGAAAAAUGCUUGGGUAAGAUGGGCGACGAUAUCUCAAAAAAGACACGGAAAGCUGUGGAUGAUCUCAGUCGGGGUAUUGUGAAUAGGAUGCUUCAUGGUCCAAUGCAACAUUUAAGGUGUGAUGGGAGUGAUGACCGCACUCUAACCGAGACCCUUGAGAACAUGCAUGCUUUGAACAGAAUGUUCAGCCUUGAGACUGAAAUAUCUGUGUUGGAGCAAAAGGUUCGAGCAAAGGUGGAACAAAACCAGAAGUGAGAUGGAUCCAACACCAAUUUCUUUGACGAUACACAUUUGUUUCUUUCAUUAGAAUAAGAGGAAACAACACCCUCACCAUUUUAAGAUUUAAAAUGGUUGUAUAUUUAGUUGCAUAGUUGAAACAGUAGAAGUCUCCUCAGUGGAGCUUCAAUUGAUUGUUGUGUCUAUGCAUCUGCUAGACCAAACUUGUUUUGGCAUUUGGCUUAUGUGUUUACACAUCCAUCUGGUUUUGUAUUAUACCGAAAUGAACAUGUUUUUAUGAGCUUUGUAUUUACCACAAACAAUAUUUGCAUGAAAUGAACAUGUUUUUAUGAG